CUUUCUUUGCUAUACAUAAAUACAACAAUCUCUCUCUUCAUUUUCCAUCUCUCCUUCCAUUUCGGUUAACCUCUCACCGAACAUUUUCCCGAGAAAAGUCCCCACCGGGAAAAUCUAUUGUUCAGAAGUCAAAAACGAUUGGUUCCAAACCUUCUCGCGCCUAAAUUAUCGGUUUGGUUCCUGUGUCUUUUUUUUUACAAGUCUUUCGACUUUCACCAUUUUUUUUUUCAUUGGGCUUUAUUCUCGUAUCAGCCUCCACGACCUUCGCCGUUCGCCAUCACCGGAGAGAUUCCGUGGUGUUGCGUUUGGCCUGAGCUUUGUAACCAAACCGAAGUAUAUAUGAACAUGACGUCACGUUACGAUCCGAAACACAUGUCGAGGCAGACCAAACCGUCAGACACUCCCUCGUCUUCUCCCUCUCGUAGUCACCGGAGACACCCUCUCCUCCAAAGAAGCCUCUCCUCCCCAUCUCCGAACGCCACUUGCGGCGGAUCAACACCCGCCGAGUUCUGCGGCGGCACCACGGCGAGUUGCGCCGCCGUGUGGUGCUGCUGUCCUUGCGGAAUAGUCAACCUCGUCGUCCUCGCGGUCUACAAAGUCCCGCGCGGGAUCUGCCGCCGCGCUAUCCGCAGUCACCGCCGUAAACAGCUCGUCAAGAACGGUAUCCUCCCGCCGCUUCCGUCAGGCGAGAGGGUGCAGAGAGUGUUCCAGAACUCGGAGUUCGCGAUCUUUCCGUUGGAUAGUAAUGAUGUCUCGGAGGAGGAGGAUGACGGUUUCUUUGAUCCCAAGUACUUCGGGAAGGGCGCAGCGGUUGCGGCUGAGCUGACGACGGACGAGGAGACCGAUGAAGAGGACGAGGCGGUGUUGGCGUUGGAGAAAGAGAUGUGGAACAGGUUUUACGGUGCUGGAUUCUGGAGGAGUCCGUCGCAGAGAGAAUCGGUGUCUUCUCCGAGAGUUUCGAAGUCUCUUUCGGCGUCGCCGAGGCCGUCGUUUACUGAAGUGUUUCGGAACACAGCGAUUAGAGGAGGAGCUACGGUGACACCGAGAGCCGUUUGGCAAUGACAUCUUGUAAAUAUUAUUUUCUUCUUCUUGAUUGUGUUUGUGUGGUAUGUGUGUGCAAAGCAAAGUGUGAGUCCUGAGUCUUGCCAUAAUUGAUUGAUUGAUUGAUAUUUUGGUGGUGAGAUUGAUUUCAAAUGUUAUGGGAUUUUGUGAUUA